CUAGGUCAAAAUAAAUAAUACAUCUUUACUUUAUUCAUUCAUUUAUUCAUUUGGUGUUUUUACUUAGAUUGAAGAAGUUGAAUAGUAGAAAAAGAUUUUUUUCUACUUUGGAACUUAUUAUUGAACCCCAUUGAAUCAUUUCCAGAUGGCGAGUAAAAAGUCACCAAGUAAUGUAUCUAAUCGUAAAACAAAAGAAAUUACUUUAACUAAUCAAUCAUCUACGCCAAGAGAAACAACUAUACCACCAUUAUGGCCAGAAUGGAAUGAUCAAGAUAUUAAUAAUGAAAAAUGGGAUUCAACACAGAAAACUAAAGAAAAGAUUAAAUCAUCAUCAUUGUCAACAUCAUCAUCAGCGCAAUUAUCCUCAUCAUAUUUUAUUGAUCCAGAAUCCCAAAUUCUAUAUCCAUCAUCAAUUAUACCAUUUAGUAUUAAAAGACCUAAUGAAUUUAUUACGGAAAAGGUACCUGUUGUAUAUGAUCCAGAAUAUGUCAAUUAUGUUGAUUUAUUCUAUUAUAAUGAACAUUUAUUUAAAAUUGAAUUAUUAAGAUGGAUUAUAUGUGAAAUACAAAAUUUAUGGUUAUCCUGUAGAGUACCAGUCCCUGUAUCAACCCCCCUCAUUAAUAAUAAUAAUAAUAAUAAUAAUAAUAAUCCAAUAGAGUUAAACGAACCGAUGAUGAAUAUGUCUCAUUUACCGAAUUAUAUUUAUGAAUGGAAACCAUGGGAACAUAUUUAUGCAAUGACCAAAAUUACUAAAGAUAAUAGUAAUAAUACACCACAAUAUAAUCCUUAUGGGAAAUAUAUUGUUAAAUUAUAUUGGAUGGGUUGUUGGAGAAAAAUCAUAAUUGAUGAUUCAAUACCAUUUGAUGAAAAUAAUAAACCAUUAUUACCACAAAGUAAACAACCUCAUGAAUUAUGGCCAAUGUUGCUAACUAAAGCUUUAUUAAAAAUAGUAUCCAUUGAUUGUAAAACUAUUCAUAAUACUACUACUGAAAUUGGUGAUUUCAGUACUAUACAAUGUUUAACUGGAUGGAUUAAACAUACCAUUGUAGUAAAAAAACAAUCAAUCGAUAAAUUAUGGAAUUAUCUUAGUGAUUAUUUAUUAGAUUGGGAAAGACCUGAAGAUAUCAUGAUGAAAAGAAAUGAGAAAUUAUUAAAAAUGGAACAAAUUGAAAUGAUUGAAAAAAUAGAACAUCAUGGUGUGAUUAGUAGUAAAUCAGUAGUAAAUAAAGAAAAAGUAAAAGAAAAGAAAGGUGUGGAAAAAAAUAAAGAAACUAAUAAAGAGAAAAAGGAUCAAACUGAUCAUAAUACAACAAAAUUAAUAAAUCCUAAAAUUCCUGAAACAAUUAUAUUUGCAUCAUGUAAAAAUACAGUUUCAUCAUUGGCAUCUUUUGUACCUUCAGCAACAAAGGAGGAAAUUACCAUGAAACUUAAACAAUUUGGAUUCAGUUAUACAGAUUCAUAUCCAAUAUGUAUAGCUAAACGUCGUACUAUACCAAUCAUUCCUCCAUCACCUAUACAACCUACACCUCAAUGGAAGUUGAUCAGACCAAGACCACCUGAUUUUCCAUUUGAUUCAUCUAACAAUGGCGAUUUACAAAGUAAUAAGGAGAAAGAACCAAUACGUUCAUUGCUUCUAUGGACACCUGUACAAGAGCAUAUAUUUUAUGAAUCGGAGAAAGUUAUAUUAAGUCCUCCAACUUCUACUGUUGAAUCAGUUUAUGUAUCAAGUUCUUCACCUGAUACAGGAAAACAAACUAGUGGAAUAAUGAAAACUAGAUCAAAUUCUCAAACAUCACCAACACGUCGUCGACGUGAAUCCAGUUCAAAUAAUCCAAGUCCGACUAAAACUCAAAAAAGGGGUUCACGUGAAGACAUACUAAAGAAAGAAAAAUCUACUUCAGGGAUCACGAAUAAAUCAAAAGAAGUUAAAGGACAGAACAAAACUCCAGAAACAAGUGGAAGUAGUCAAUUAAAUUCUAGUUCACGUACAACCAACUCAUUACAUAUGAAAUCAUCCGGUGAAGAUAUUAUGCCUGAAAUAUCAAUAAAGAGUAUUUCUGUAACUAAUCCUAAAGAAACAUGGAUUGAUAUAAAAGAUUUCUGUGAAAUAUUCAAGACGGUGGACAUUUAUCAUAAGCCAAAUACAUAUUCAAUUGUGAAAACAUAUUCCAACAUUAAACCAUCUAAUCAAUCAAAAGUACAUUAUUUAUUUUGUGAUAGUAUUCAACCAUGUGAGAUUAUUAUUCAAUUAUCAGUUAUUUAUCAAUGGCCAAUACCUAUUGCAAAACGUUUAACUCCAACUACAUAUUCACGUGGUUUAACUUGUAUGCCUGAAACGGAUGAUGUAGUAACAAUGCCAACAAAUGAACGUACUAGUAUACAUUUCUUGCCGGUAACUACCACAUCAGCUUCAUUUGUUAGAGAUGAUAAUUCACAUUCACAAAAUAAUUCACCUGAUGACUUACAAUCUACAACUUGCGGUAUCAAUCCAUCAGUACAGACAUCCUCCUCAACAUCCUCAUCAUCAUCAUCAUCAUCAUCUACUCCUCCAUCAUCUCUUCUAAUUGAAACAUAUCAUUGGAAUAAAUCAAUACAAGGUGAUCCAAUUAAAUAUGUUGAAACUACAGGAAGUAGUUCUAUAUCAUUAUUAUUACCAUUUAGUCGUUAUUGUUAUAAAUUAUUAAUUACAGCACCAUUAGGUUAUGUUAUUACUAUACUUGGACGUAUACGUUCAUCAAUCAUCAAUACAAAGUACAAUUCCUUCAUGAAAGGUAUUCAUCAAUCAUCCAUGAAUGUAAUGUUAGAUGAUUAUGAUUCUAUUUUAUUAAAUGGUAUAACAACAUAUCCAUUAUUAAUAAGAUAUUAUGCAAAUCAAUUGAUCAGUUGUAUGGUUAGUAUUGGACAAGCAUUAGAAGUAUUAGUACAAUUAACUGAAACCUAUGAACAACAUAUGCAUGAGACCCUAGUAACUACUACUGCUCAUAGUAACAAUAAUAGUACUAUGAUAAACAAUCCAGAAUUGAAUGAAUUAGAAUUUACAGAGAAGUUGACAAAUGCUAUCAAAAGUUUCAAUGAUAAACAUGAAGAACUGAAACAAUUAUUAUCUAUAUGGCCUAAUCAAAAAAUAAUUAAACCAACUUUAUUGUCAAUCCUGCAACGUUUAACUGAAAAUUCUGGAACAUCAGAUAUGAACUAUGCUUGGCGUAUAUUACAAAAAGAUUUUAUUACAAUCAAUCCAUUUCGAGUAACCUAUGGUCAUGAAACCGUCUCCAAUCCCCCUCCUGUGGCUAUAACAAAACAAAAAUCAAAAGUACUUAGUUCACGUGGUGAGAAAGCUAAUCAAUCAGUUAAAAUUAAUCCAAUUGAAGAUACAAUUAUUAAUCGUUGGAAUCAACCAAUUGAUCCGGAUAUAUUAGUUGCUAUAGUACGUAUACAAUCAUUAUUUCGUGGUUAUCGUAUACGAAAUGCAAUUCGUUUAAAUCAACCAAAUUAUAUGAUAGAAACUUUAUUAUCUAUUAUCCAUUCUCAUAAUAAGUCAAAUAUCAAUCAACAUACUACUACUACUACUACUAUAAACAAUCGGUUUCUACAUAAAGUAUCUUUAUUAAGAAUUAAACGUUUAUCUAUUGGUUGGAUGAAUUGUUUAAAUCUAUUACAACAAGGUCAAAUUCAAUUUGAAGCGGGAAAUCAAAUAAUUGAAAAAUUAAUUCUUACCAAUAAUGAUGAUUCUGAUCUACAAAGUAAAUUUUAUAAAGAUUUGAAUUCCUAUUUAAGUAUUAAAGAAUAUUCUGGGAACUAUUCAGAAAUUCCAUCACCUUCUUUAAUGCAUCAUACAGGAGAAUCGCAAUUAACUAAUAUGGAUACAUCAUUUCAUAAAGAUUGGAUUCAUUUAUUAUUUAGGGAUUGUAUUUAUUCAUCAACAAUGUUAAAAAAUGAUCUAAUGAUUAAUGAAGAAGUAAAAUAUUCAUUUCGUUUAAAAACGACUUUAUCAAACAGUUAUAUUCUAUUGAUAAAUAAUGAUAAUGGUGAAAUUAUUCAACCAUCCAUUGAAUAUCCUUAUAGUUGGUUAAAUCUUAAAGUAAAUCAUCAUGGUUACAGUCUGUUGGGUAUAAUCAAUAAUCACUUAGCACCAAUUCCAAGUGGUAAAUGGAAUUUACAAUUAUUAGGACCAGGUAUCAUCGGUAAUGAAAAUCUACCUAAACCAAUGGGUACAACAUUUAAUUUAUGUUCAAAUUUUUAUACUAUUGAAUUAGAAGAUUAUUAUGAACCAAAUUCAAAGAAUUUAUUGUUUCGACGUAGAAUUAUAGCCAGUAAUGAUAGUUUGAUAACUGUUCAUUUACGAUUAUCUGUACCAAAUGUUUAUACACGUUUAUGCAUUAAAAUGGGUAAUAAAGAAAUGAUUUUUGCUGAAGGUUAUGGUGGUGCAUGUAUUUUCGCUUAUAUCAUAUUAGCUGAUACAAUAAUAGAAGAGAAGAAACGUCAAACCCCGAAUUCAGGACGUCUAUUAGAAGUUAAUAAAGGUGACGGUGUUAAAUUAAGUAUAAAAGAUGUAGUCAGUUCAAAAGUUACAUUGAAUAAAUUGAAUACUUCCAAGAUAUCUCCAAGAAGAUCUGCAUCCGUUAAGAAAAAUAUGAAACCAGGAAGUAGUUCUAGCAGUUCAACUGGUGGUAGUACAACAGGAAGUGGUCGAGGUUCUAGUAGUACAAAUAGUGCUAAUAUAGAACGAACACAUCAUUAUGAACAAUCCAAUACCAGUUCACCACAUUCAUAUAUGUUAAAUAGUCAACGAUUAGAACAAGAACAAGAAGAAGAAGAACGAUAUUAUUGGAUUGAAGCUUAUGUAGAUGGUAAAAAUUGGCCAUUAAGUAUAAGUAAUUGGUCAUUUUUAGAAGAACAACGUUGUAAUAAACUUGAAGAAUGUCAGGUAAAUAAUACAACUUCUCGAAGUACUUCAGCUGAUAAAAGUUCCGAUAGUAGAACUAUUAAAUCAGCAACAAAAUCACCUGGUAACAAAACAAUUUGUGUAACUGGUCAAAAAUCUGGUUCCACUCGGGGUACUUCAGCAAAAAUUGAUUAUAAUCAAGCUCAUUGGAAAAUGAGAAUAAUAUGUAAUAAUUCUAAUGAUAUUAAAAUCAUGAAUAUGGAUAAUAAGAUGUCGGAAAUUAAAGCUUUAAAAAGAGCUUGGGAAGAAAUGGAACCUGGUAGAGCAAUACGAGCUGAAUUAUCAAGAGCACGUUAUCUUGAAGAAUAUGGUCUAAUGAAUGAACCGGAUCAUAAAACUUAUGUUGAUGAUUCAGGAUCAGAGAUUACAAUGAAAUCUGAUGAUAAUCCAAUAUCAACAUUAGAUCCAUCUAAAAUUUAUUGUUUAAUUUUACCAUCACAAUUAAAUCAUACAAUUAAACCAAUUAAAUUAAUGAAUUUUAAUAAAUUUUAUUUAAAAUUUAAUGAAAUGAAAUUAAAACAAAUUGAACAAAUAAAAAAUUUAUUUUAUCCAUAUAAUACUACUAACAACAAUACUACUUAUAAUAAUACUACUACUAAUAAUACUACUUAUAAUACUACUAAUACUACUAGUAACAAUACUACUAAUAACAAUACUACUCACAAUACUACUCAUAAUACUACUAACAACAAUACUACUUAUAAUAAUACUACUAAUAAUAAUACUACUUAUAAUACUACUAAUACUACUAGUAACAAUACUACUUAUAAUACUACUAAUAAUCUUCUUAUGAUUAAUAUGAAUCAAUGGUUAAUAAUUAAUCAUUAUUUAAAACAAAUUGAAUUAUUAUCUAAACAAAAUAUGAAUGAAUUAAUGAAAAUGAAAUAUGAAUUAUUCAAUGAAUUAAUGGAAAAUUUUAAAUUUAAUUUAAUGAAUUCAAAUAAUAAAUUUAAUCAAUUUAAACAAAAUUAUAUUGAAAUAAUAAAAACUAUACAAUUUUUAAAUGAUGAAGCUCAUUAUAAAUAUUAUGAAUUAUGUAAUAAUUAUAAAAAUAAUAUAAUUAAACAAUAUAAAAAUAAUAAAGAAUUUAAUCAAUUAAUCAAUAAUGAAUCUGUUACUAUGACAACAAUGUUAAGUCCAAUUGAAACACUACAAAAACGUGAAAGAACAAAAUCAUCUAAAAGUUCAAAAUCGGGUUCAAACAAAAAAAUCAAAAUUUAA